GCUCAGCUCUACUCACCUUAUCGCUCACAAGCAGGCGCGUAACCGCGCUGCGCUAUCCAUGGUAUCUAAACAAAAAACAAGCCUCCCCCAGGCCAGAGCCGAGGCGGACGCAUUUGUGGCAGGUUAUUCUCCAGUGAUGCAGGUGAACAACAGAAGGCCAACGUUUUUCUGUUCACAGAGAAGACAAAAGGAUGUCAUGUGAUCACCUGAGCCGAGUGUUGGCACUUUUCAUGGUUCUCUGCGCCAUGCGAACCGCUUCCAUCGUCCAGGGCGCGCGAGAUUUCGAAAAGAAAGUGUCUAUGAUGCUGAAGGUAGAGCCAGAAAAUCCCAAAUGCUUUGCUGAAGGCAGGAAGGACUUAACGUGCUUCUGGGAGGAAGAUGAGGAAAGAGCUGGCUCUGUGGACCAGUACUCCUUCACAUACAGCUACCAUCAAGAAAACAGCAGCAGAUGCCCACUGAGAGUUCUCCGUGCAGCAGGUGGGAAGAGGCUGUUCCUCUGCCACCUGAACCAAACCCAGAUGUUUGUCCAAAUGGACGUCCGAGUUCAUCGGCAGGGAGUUCUGAUCCACAAUCGCAGCCUCCUCAUCGAGCUUGUCUUUCUUCUUGACCCUCUUGCCAAUGUGGCGGUGAGCAGCACAGGGAAGCAAGGCCAACUGAAUGUCAGCUGGGUGCCUCCCCCUCUCAAGUACAUGGAUGACAGCAUGAUGUACGAGGUCAGCUACGCUACGGCGGACAGCCAUGUGGCGCAGGUCGAGGUGGUACGAGCUAGUUCAGAGUUGAUCCUGACAGGCCUGCAGCCAGGUACAAAGUACAAGGUGCAGGUCCGUGUAAAGCUGGAUGGGAUUAGCUACAAUGGCUAUUGGAGUGCCUGGAGUGACCCAGUGUUCAUAGAAACACUGCCUGCAGAAUUUGACCCACUCAUCAUCUCCCUCACUCUGAUCAUCUCUUUCAUCCUCGUCGUGCUGUCUCUCACCAUGCUCCUGUCCCAUCGCAGGUUUCUUACAAAGAAGAUUUGGCCGACUAUUCCGACUCCUGACGGCAAGUUCCAAGGUCUUUUCACCGUUUACGGCGGGGACUUUCAGGAGUGGUUAGGGCAGACCAAUGGAGGCUUGUGGUUGACUCCGGCUUUCUUCUACUCAGAGGACUACCCCUCUCCUCUGGAAAUACUCUCGGAGCUCAGCCUUUGCCCCUCACUGCCCUCCCCGCCUCUGCCACCCACGGUCCCCAGGGCUUUAACCGCAGACAGGAAGGAGGACAACGAUGUGAAGAAAGGCCUGGAUGGGAGAGAGCCAUCGGAAAGGGGCAAUUCACCUCUGACAGAAGGAUGGAGAGCCACACCGCAAGACCACUGGUUGAUGGAUCGCUUACGGGCACUUCACCAGCGCCCCAUGCCCUGCUCAGAGUCCUCUCUGCUGGAGUCUCAAGACACCUACGUCACCCUGAGCGCCAACAACCACAGCGAGGACGAGCACCUGGAUGAUACUCUUGAGGAGGCGUUACCCCUCGAAGUACUUUUUGCCUCCAGAAAGACAGUGCUGUGUGAAUCUCACUCCGACCUGGGAUCUGUGCAGCAGAGCUCUGGUUCAGGGCGUCUUUCAUCGCAGUCCAGCUUUGAGUACCCGAACCACGCCUGGACGCCCAAAGGCCCGGGGUACACCUACAUGGCAGUGGCAGACUCUGGGGUCUCUAUGGAUUACAGCCCCAUGAGCAGAGUAGACGACAUUGGGAAAGUGGUUAUCUACGCCAACGAGUACAAGAAUGAGCUCCCUGCUCACAGAAGACCAUUCCUGCCGAGGCAGCACUCUGUCCACGAUGACCGCUGAGAAGGAGCUCAGCCGCACAUGGACUGAGACUGGGGGCGAGCUCGGAGGAGGGUACCUGGAUAUACACGCAAAACUACAGAGCCUCAUAUCAACUGUUAAGAAAGGCGUAUCAAGGUUUUGGGCUCUGACUGACUCAUAGUGAAGUGUAAGCUACAGGACUCCAAGUCCACUGGAUGUACAUACAUCAUUUCUACUUUAGCCAAAUCAUCCCUGAUCUGUACAGGACAAUGCCAUUACAUGGAAAUGGCAGCUGUGGUUUAUGCCAAAUACUGAUAUUCAUUGUAAAGGUUGGUAUGCUGAUCUCUUAGUAUCCUAUCCUGUAGAUCAGAUCAGGAAUAUUUCUAUAACUUCACCAAAAUUCAAGCCGAGGGGGUGAACUCCCUGAUCGUUUCCAUGGUGAUUUAUUCAUGUUUGAGCAACGUGUACUAUUAUUUUCAAGCUUAAAUGACAGAACAGCUAUUAGGUUAAAACACAGAGUAGACGUACAGAACCAAAGGACUGUGAACAACACGGGCUGACGCACUUUCCCUCUCCCUCUGACGUGUCUUAAAGGAUAAGACUGGUGAUAUUCUUUGUUUUUCUUGUUGUCAGCAAAUCCCAUGAAAAGACUUAAACCAGCAAUAAACUGAUCCUUCAGCACGUGCCACAGAGCUCCACAUUAGUCCAGUCUAAGACUAAGAAUUUAAAGCCGUUCUAGCAGCUCUGUCAGGCAGUACUUUGGCAUAGCAGUGCUUUUUGCUCAACGCUAAUGUCAACAUGCUAAAAUGCUGACAGUGUCACUGUCUUUAGUUUAGCAUGCUAAAUGAUGCUAACUAACAGGUUGACGGGGAAUCUAAUUAGAUUUGCAGGUCACAAACCAAAGUACUGGACAAACUAAUAUUUGACUUGGUGACACCACAUGAAACAUUAAAGUGAUCACCAAAGGUAUUAGUUUACUCUGAGGGGUGUGAAUGGAUGAAUUUUAAUGGCAGUCCAUCCACAAAUGUCACACUGCUAGCAUUGUGAGUCAACCAUCACACUGUGACAUGUUCCUCCAUAUCACUGACCACAGUGGUUUAUUUGAAGUAAAACUCACAUAAAGUAUUGUAGUGCUGUGAAUACUCAUUAGAGCACCAAAUGUGUAUUAAUCCACUGCAGAAAAUAGUCCCCAACAAAUUUAAUCAAAUAAACAAACAUUUGCUAAAAACUACAGCGCCAAGAUAUUCUAGAAAAUUACUGAGCCUGUUUUAAAAAUUUAAGU